AUGGCGUCAUCUCUAAGAAAUAUUUGUAAGAACAGCAAAGCAGAUCAGUGGCUCUCAAAUGUCCACCAUCAGACUGGUACAAGUAGAAGAAAAGAGAAAAAUAAGGAGAAAGAGGCUCAGACCGCUAGACCUGCUGGUGAUACAAUUUCCAGGAAGAUCAUCUACAAGGAAAUCCCAGCCAAAGUCAUUUUUGAGGUUGAGCGGUGCCUUGCUUUUCAUGACAUUUCACCUCAAGCACCAAUAUAUUGUCUGGUCAUACCUAAGAAACCUAUUACCCAGAUUUCUGUAGCAGAAGAUAAUGAAAGUCUUCUUGGACAUCUUAUGAUUGUUAACAAGAAAUGUGCUACUGAUCUGGGCCUGGAAAGGGGUUAUCAAAUGGUGGUGACUGAAGGUUCAGAUAAGGGACAAUGUAUCUAUCAUGUUCAUCUCCAUGUUCUUGGAGGCUGGCAGAUGAAUUGGCCUCCUGGUUAA